AUGAAACCCGCUCGAGAUUUGACACGGACGGUGUUUCGGCUACGCAACCUUCCCAGCCGUAUUUGCAGCCCGAACGAGGUUGCCGACCUGCUCAGCGCCGCCUUGCAUUUGUCUGCACACCAAGUCAUCGUCUACUCAAUCGCAAAGACCUUGAAUAAAUGGGAGAAGCAGCCAUCCAGAGUUGCUACUCUCCAGUUGAAGGCAGUACCGACAUGCCUUCAGAAUGCAAUGGACGACGAUGAGUGGGUUAUCGUCUUGCAGGGAGGUCACCCGCCGUGGGAUGUCCUGAUUCUCGAUACUCACUUCCGGGGCAUGACAGCCCUCACUGAUGUCGACCCGGCAAGGCACCGUGCUGACUGCAUCGCCGUCUCGGGAUUGGCCAGCCACCCUUUUGGCUCAUGGCAACCGCGAGGUCACGACAAGACUUUCAUGUGGGUACGGGAUGCCAUCCCGGCCUCGAUACCAGGACUCCGGACAAUCAUUUACGGUUACGAUUCGAGCCUUCUCGAGAGCUCCUCGUUCCAAUCCAUCUCGGACCUGGCGCAGAGCCUGAUACUCCAUCUCAAGUCUGGAGGCUGGAACCUUCCCUCGUCAAAACCCAUUGUUUUUCUCGCGCACAGCCUGGGUGGAUUAGUCCUUAAAGAGGCUAUUGUGCAAGCGGCCAGCGGCGAAAAAAAUAUCACCAAUAUUCUUGAUAACGUUCUGGGCGCCAUCAUGUUCGGUGUCCCAAGCCUGGGCAUGGAGCAAUCCCAUUUGAUGGCCAUGGUGGAGGGACAGCCGAAUGAAUUCCUGGUACAGGAUCUAUCGCGGGAGGGCGGUAGUAAUUACGUGCGGCAGUUGCAUGCGCAGUUCGAAGGGCUAUCGUUUCUCAGGAAAGCGUACAUUCUCUGGGCAUACGAAACGAAAGUGUCAUCAACCGUCGUGCGACGUUCUGAUGGAACCUGGGCCAGGACGGGCCGUCCUACCGUUCUUGUGAACCCCGAGUCGGCAACGAGUCACAACUACCGAACCAACAAGUCGUUGACAAUUCCCAUCAACGAGGACCAUUCAAAUAUGGUCAAAUUUCCCCGGGACGAUGCAAACUUGAGGCUCAUCUUGCAUUCACUUUCCGAAAUUUGCUCUCCGAAUCGGCCUGUUGAGCCUGUUGGCAACGGGAGCGACAACGAAAUUGGACGGCGUGAUACAUUAGGCACAGUACCUGUUUCAAUCAGCGAUAGCACACAAAAGGAUUGGCUACCGAUCGGUUCCUCCAUGUCAUGCGAAGGCGAGGAUGCUUUAACAAAACUUGGCCAGCUUUUCGCGUCAAUGACAGAUCUACACAGGGAGCUGCAUACCCCCGAGCUAGACUUCCGCAUCGAUCAGAUUGAUGACCCGUUUGAAAACACGUUCAAAUGGGUCUUUGAUGUGCCUUCGUUCUCCGGCUGGCUGCAGGAAGGAUCGGAGCUGUUUUGGAUCAACGGCAAGCCAGGUUCUGGGAAAUCGACCAUCAUGAAGCUAAUCUAUAAAAGUAAGGAGACGUGGGAGCUUCUGCACAAUUGGAAUACUGGCUCCCUUGAGGUGAAGGCUGGCUUCUUCUUCCACUACCGCGGCAGUGCUAUCCAAAAGUCCUUCGAGGGUGUUUUGCGAAGCCUCAUCCUCCAACUCCUUGCACCAUACCGCAACAUGUACCGGAAGAACCAUGAGCAAACCUGGGAGGAGUACCAAGCGCUCAAAAGUGCGCAACGAAAGAUAGACCAGCAAAUGUACGGCAUUCGGGCAAGCCUUGAAUCCACCCGCAGAGAGAUCGAGAACAUACGGGAAGAAAUUGGAAUUCUAUCCCAGCGCGGUGACGAGCUGUCCGAUGUACAGCGCGCAGCCAAUCUGGACAAGUGCCGUAGGAGACUACCACUCCUUCAGUCUCGACACACCGAGCUCUCUAGACGACUGGCGGAAAUGACGCCACAGUGGAUGACCGAGUUGGCCUCGCUUAGGACCUCUAUAACGUCUGUCGCUACUCGCUUCAAGCCGUACAGCACCCAGCCAAUGACCAAGUUCCUUACUAAGGCCAUGGCCGAGUUUCACGAUGAAAGAGAUGGACUAAUUCCUAGGCUCGAGAGAGUCCUCCGGAUCCUUCUCGACCAGAAUGCAACUAGGACGGACCUGAUUCUUUUCUUCGACGCACUCGAUGAGUUUGACGGUCAUCUUGACUUGAUCAGUCGCUUUCUUAAGGGUCUAAUCCAGCGCUCCCCUUCGUCAAUGACGGCUGUGAAAAUCUGCUUCUCGAGUCGCCCUUGGGAGCCGCUUAGGAAGCAAUUUUCUUCGUAUCCAGGGUUUGCUCUACAGGACUAUACCAGAAAUGAUAUGGAGGAGUUUGCAGCGGGCUCCAUAACCAAAUCGGAUACCACGAACCCUUAUAUUACCCAGCUAAUACCGGGUAUCAUCGCUCGGGCGAAUGGUGUUUUCCUAUGGGUCAAGCUUGCCCUGAAAGUCCUUUUUGAGACAGUCAUGUACAGCCCAAACGCUGUUUCGCCCGAGCUGCUGGAGUCCAAGCUACUAGGGCUCCCCGAUGAUCUCUUUGAGUUUUACGAGCUCAUCAUCUACCGGAUUAGCAGGAGCAACCGGCGACGAACAUUUGCCUUGCUCGAGCUCCUCAUCCGCCACAGCGGUCCUCCGGUUACCGCUAUUCAGAUCCGAGACGCUGUACUGGUAUCGAGUUGCAAUUCUUAUCAAGAGGCCAUGGACGCACUGCGCCAAGGACACCCAGAAAGUGGAAAUGGAUCACUACCUCUACCAAACCUCUCUUACCCCAGCGAUAGCGAGAAACAAGCACGAAAAGACAUUGCGGCUUGGGGUGGAGGGCUGGUCGAGAUCAAGAGACAGGAUAACAUUGACCGGCCCCAGCUAAUGCACCAAACGGUCCUUGAGUUUACCACGAACCUCACGUUCAAGCGAAUUGUAGUGGGGGAUCUUGCAUGCCUCGUCAAUGAAAACGGGCAUUCAUUCCAUCUCAAGUACUGGAGCUUGAGUAAGAGAUGGGCGCGGGACAACUUCAUGGCGAUCGGAGGAAUGCAGAAUAACCAUGACCGCGCUCCCAGGCACCAGGCUUACCACUCCCAAGACGAAGAAUUACAGCAUCUCGCCUACCACGCCGAGCAGUCAGAGCUUACCACUGGCAUGAGCCAUUUCGACUAUCUCUACAGCAUACCCUUUCUCGAUCCUUACGGGCUGGAAGAGAGCUGGAACCGGGACGAGGUGUUUGUGUUUCUCGUCGCCUCAUGUGGGCUGACAUUGUGCCUUCGAGACUGGCUGGCCCGGAUCGCGCCUGACGGGUUUACUACCAUGAACAAGCCCCUGCUGACGAGCUUCCCCUUACUUCAAGCACUGGUGUUCGCCCCCCCUUGGGGCGUGUUUUUCGAGAGAUAUAUGACGACCAUCCGCCUCCUCCUCGAGAAUGGCUACCCGGUGAAUGACGAGCACAACUUCCUCACGCUGCUGUACAAGGAAACCUGGCGGAACAGACAGCAUACCUACCCGAAAAGGAUCUCUGACUCGACUCUGCUCAAACUGGCCACGCUUGCUCUUGAAGCUGGAGCCAGUGCAAACCUUCUCCUGGGCCUUUUCGGCGAGGACAGUCGCUUUGUGUGCAACGCCUGGCCACUGCACAUUGUGCCGCCUUCCCUCGCCUCGGAGAUGAUACGCCACGGCGCGAACCCCAACGCCCUUGAUGAUGCAAACCGGACUCCUUUGGAUUGGGUCGUCUCUUUCCCCAGUAAUGGAUUGAAUAAGCCUGUGGAUUGGGAUGGCGUCGGGCGCUAUGAGAUGUGCCAAAUUCUCGUCAAGGCGGGAGGCACCCCGUCACAAUCGACUUUAGAAUCGAAAGCCUGGGCAGACAUGCUCGCCGAGUUCGAGAAGGAGGGCUACGAUACACAAAUGAUUCGGCAGCGCGUUCAGCCUCCCGGCCCGGUUGAGCCUGUGGGGGGUUUACUAGUUGAGCCGCCUGUUCCUGGACCUAUUGAAGAAGACUGUGCAGACGAAGAAGAACUGGAAACGAGGGGUGGCGCGGCGGAAUCAGGAGGUAGAUUGGAGGAAGGAAAAAGAAGGAAAUCCCGUCGUCACAGAGAAUUUUCUCUGUGGUGUUUUAGGUAG